GUCCUGAAGGACUACAACUGUCCCGUCUUUCUAUCAGUCUACUGGUUGAAACUUGCGGCUUCUGUCAUCUAUACGGAUGUGGUAGAAUAGUGACGUAAUUUUGGAAAUAUGGCCAUGUCAAGAUUGAUGACUGUCUUCUGCAAUUUGAUCAUUCUAACAAUAUUAUCAUUAGUCACAUUUGCAAUUCACCUACCGAAUCAACCAACUGACCGGCCGCACAAAUUUAGGAUAAGUUCAACAACUGUUGCACCAGCAAGUGGUGUAUCCAACCAAAGUUCAGAGAGCAAAGAUGGCGUAGCUACCUAUCGUUUCAUAAACAGUAACACAGGAACUACUUGCAUAUUGAUGAGGACUGAUGCUGUGGUAGAGGUUAAAUUUAGAUUACACAAUUUGGAGGAACAAGCAGAUUCCUUCAUACCAGAAAAAGCAUUGGUCGAAGGAAAUUGCAAGAAUGAAGAUAGUUCCUACAUCAGACUGUCAUGGACUGGAUACAGUCUUAUAAUCAGCUUUGCUAAGUCGCCUGGUGGAGAAUUAUGGUACAUCGACAAAGUUGAACUCACAGUCAGUCCAGAUCUACCUCAGCUCAAAGGGGUUAAAAUCCAUGGAAAUGCCAUCAAGCUCUAUCGCAAAACGAUGGUCAUCCCCACACCAGUAGGAAAAUCCUACUCCUGCGAGGAACUGGUCAUCGACUUGGAGACUGACAAGGAAGACAGGCCUCCACCGGGUCUUCGAGGAUCUCUCCUCUUAAGGGCGGUACAGCUACAACCCUUCAUGUACAAGAGCGAUAAAUUCGAACCAUCCGUUGAAUGCAAAGAAAUGAGAACUUAUCGUGACGAGACAGCUCCACUAGCUGUGGGCACAACCCUAGCUAUUUUUGUAUUGAUGACCAUAUCCGGAUACGCCAUUUUCAGGUAUUUCAAAGUGAAAAACGUUCAAUACAACACCAUGGAAUAAAGUGACAGCAGAGUAUUGCCGAGGUUGUUCUUCAGAGUUCAGUUUCUCCUUAUUUGUAAAAUCAAUGAGAUGUGCAAAUAGUGACUAUUAUAUUAUUUUCUAAGAGUUAGACUGAUUUCUGGUUAUUGUUUUUUUCUUGGUAUUCACAACGCACAUUCAUUUGCGAAUUGGUAUUUUUGUGCCACCUUGACAUCACUUCAGAUGUGAAGAGUUCAUAACAGAGAUAUGUCAAAUCUUAAGUAUUACUCAGCGAGUAUAGAAGUAUAGAUUAUGAUUACUUGAUCGUAUAUGGGGAUGAUGAAAAACGUUCUUCACUCUAUAUAUUUCGCAAUUUCAUCUAUAAAAGAUUCUUCUAUCACGUUCGUUAUACAUAUUGCACAGAAAUUAAAAUUAAUCAUCUUCAUAUCAAAAUAUUUUAUGAAUUAAUUUUUGUUGUUUAUCUACGUGAAUCAUAGGCAAUAAUUGUUAUCUAUUAAAAAAUUCUGGGCUAAGAUUUCCAUGUAAAAUGUAUGUUUGAGUUAGAAAACCUCAUUAAAUACUCAUUAAAAAUUUGCUUCGAAAUAUUAGCCCAGAACAUGUUUCAACAAAGUCAAUAUUCUUGGAAUGUCUAGUCAUAUCAAAUGGAACGUACCUAUAUGUUUUUAAAAAUAUUAGUGUUCGAUAGAAAACAUAAAAACCAAAGUAAUUUAUAAACAAGGUUAAAAGUAAAAUUAUCAUUUAUAUAUUGAAAAUAAACGUUUCGGCCAUCAUUUUCAUAAUGAUUCAUUGACCACAAUCAGAAGUGUUUAAGUCAAUAAAUUUUGGCAGAUCAUUUCGCAGGAGAAUUUAUAAUCUUUUUAGCUGAAAACCAUUUCAGCAAAUCGAGACAUAAAGUAAUAUGAUGGUGUGGCAGGUGUGGUAAAAUGCAGAAUUAUAUGAAGUUCUUCAUUUAUUGAAAGAAACGAAAAAAAUUCUGCUCAAAUUUCACUAUGUGGAUGUUGCAUGUGGUUUCGACAUGUAUGUUCAGAGUUCUUUUCCAUUUUGAAUCUGAAGAGAAGUCCACCUAAAAUACAUACCUAAAUGUUACCUACUUAGAUCAUAGUUAACACAGAUUAAAAUAGAGUUUCAAUUGGUUUCAAUCCAAUUAUUUUUUCUUUUUUUCAAUAAUUGUUACAAAUGUUUUAUGUUGAGUGAUUUUUACUUAAGCUGUAUGUUCUUCGAAGGUUGGGAACAGGUUUAUUGGUGUAUAUUAUUGGUCAUUAAGAUGGUUUUAAAAAUGAUUCACGAUCCAACAAAGUAUUCGAAAGACUAUUUAUUCAAUUAAAAUGUAUUUAAUUAUAUUAUAUAUAUAAUUUACCUAUAUGAUGGAUGUUGAGUUGAGUUUUACCUAUUUACUUUAUUGACAAAGUUAUCUAUAUGCCAAAAGUUGAAAUGAAUUGUUGAAAACUCGCAAAAAACAAUUCAUAUCAUUAUUAUUACAUAUUUAUUUAUAUAUUACAUAUUUAUGGCCUGAAAUAAAUUUUUACUGAAUAUCCUAAACCUAAACUAUUUUUCAUUCAUCAACCUUAUUUUUGGAGAAUUUGUCAGUAUUUAAUAAUAUAUAAAUAUAUGAAAUUGCCAUGGUUCGUCUUCCAGUAAUUUAAAAGAAGUGAAUAAAUUGAAAUGUAUAUUUAUAUUAGAGUGAUUGAGGACAAGAAUAAAAGUACUUUAAUGAUCGUUGGAGUGGAGAUUUGAAAUGGAGUUAAAAAGUUUAGUCAAAGAAUGAUGUGAGCAAAUUAUGCUUUCAACGAUGUAUAUCUUGUAUUUAAGAGGUUUGUAGUCUUGUUCGAAAAUAUCAUAUAAUCAAUAAUUGUUCUCAUAUUAAAUCAGGCUUUCACAGAAGAUUUGUUUCAAUAAUGGAGUAUUGCAUAAUAUGUCAAUAUUGUUGCAGCCUUGAACAAGUAUGUGUUUGUCAAUUUGGAACCAUUUUUGAUUUGUCGUUUACAAUAAAAUAUUGAAUAAUACAUGAAA